AUGCUGCUGUGUCUCACUUUCGUCGACUUAAAAAAGGCUUUCGACUCACUUGCGACAGAAGAGGUCAUGGGAGAAUUGGACAACCAAGGCGUCAGUACUCAGUGCAUGAAGAAGGGAAUCCGGCAGGGUGAUACAAUCUCUCCUAAAACCACGCUCAAGAGCACAAUGCGAAAGCUGGAGUAUAGUGACAUAGAAGUGAAGGUUGAAGGUCGUCAGCUACACCAUCUACGUUUUGCUGAUGACAUUCUGAUAAAAUCUAGCAUCAACCAAGCGGAGCAAAUGCUGGCCGAAUUCGACGAAACAUGUGGAUGCGUCGAUCUUCAGCUGAAUCUGCAAAAGGCGAUGUUAAUGAAAAACGGAUGGGUUUCUGAUGCCUCAUUGACGCUCAACGGAACGAACAUAUCCGAGCUCAUCAGCUCACCAUAA